UUUUCCUCUCUCCUUUUUUUUUUUUUUUUUUUUUUUUUUUUUUCUGGAAGUCUCAGUCUUUUGAUUGUGUGUUUCCUGAAAGCAAGACCAAUCAUUUCAGUUUAUUCACUGGCUAAACUCUACUUGAUUGGGGACAAGCACACAAACCAUCCAUUACGAUCUGAUAUAUUAUCCAAACAAUUUAGUGUAUUCAUGAGGUAACCUAAAUGUGGAGGCUGCAAAAUUACCCGUAAUCAAUUGAAACAGCGAGUGCGCGUCCCUCUGUGUGUCUAACAACUACAUGUCUCUGUAAUAAGGCAGACAUUAAAUCAUUUUAGAGUUGUACUGUUGAGUACCUGAUCACUGGGCGCUCUGGGAAGCUGGACAGUCACAUUAGGACGCUGGGACUGAGGAAGCCGCUGCUUUUCCAGUGGAAUAAAACCUGAUCUUCCUUACUCAAGGUGCUUUACAGAUCCCCACCGAUCUGACCCUAAGCCGUGCAAUAUCCAGCAUAGACUUCGUCUUCUUCUUCUUCUUCUACUCUUCUAUAAUUUUUUUGUUAUCGUUGUUGGCGCUUUUUUUUUGUUUUGUUUUUAUUGCACUACAUGUUUGGGAAACAAGACAAAAUGGACGUUAGAUGCAGUUCAGAGACUGAAGCUAACCGGGUCUCGAAGAAUGGACAGAAAGAGGGCAAGGAAAGCAAAGGGUCUGAAGGAAAUAUUUCUACUUCUUUUUUGAAGGAUCAGCAAGGGACUUUUUCUGCCUCUGCAGCUACGGAAGGUUGUAAUAAAAGCAAAUCUAGUUCGGCUGAUCCGGACUAUUGCAGGAGGAUCCUAGUUAGAGAUGCCAAAGGUUCAAUCCGAGAGAUUAUUCUGCCUAAGGGGCUUGAUUUGGACCGUCCCAAGCGGACCCGCACCUCCUUCACGGCCGAGCAGCUCUACCGCCUGGAGAUGGAGUUUCAGCGCUGCCAGUACGUCGUGGGGCGGGAGCGCACCGAGCUCGCCCGCCAGCUCAAUCUCUCCGAGACUCAGGUCAAGGUCUGGUUCCAGAACCGGCGCACCAAGCAGAAGAAGGACCAGGGCAAGGACUCCGAGCUGCGGUCGGUGGUGUCCGAGACCGCCGCCACCUGCAGCGUCCUACGGCUGCUGGAGCAAGGCCGGCUGCUCUCCCCGCCGGGGCUGCCCGGCCUCCUGCCGCCCUGUGCCAGCGGCGCGCUGGGCUCGGCGCUGCGCGGGCCCGGCCUGGCCGCGGCGGGCAGCGGCAGCGCGGCGGCGGCUCCCGGCGGCGGCGGCUCCCCGCACCCUCCGGCCGCCAGCGGCGCGGCCGGGCCCCCCCCGUCGGCGGCGCUGCACGGGGCGGCGGCCGCGGGGCACGGGCUGUUCGGGCUGCCGGUGCCCGCGCUGCUGGGCUCGGUGGCCGGCCGCCUCUCCUCCGCGCCCCUGGCCGUGGCCGGUUCGCUGGCGGGCAACUUGCAGGAACUGUCGGCCCGCUACCUGAGCUCGUCCGCCUUCGAGCCCUACUCCCGGACCAACAAUAAAGAGAGCGCUGAGAAAAAAGCACUGGACUGACUCUAAUUUCCCAGAGUGCUGUGACAACGGUACCAUUCCAUCCAGGCUGCAAUUCACAAUGGUGCCACUCCACCCAGGCCACAAUUCAGGUAAACUUCUGCACGUACUUGUUGGACCAUCAGACCAUGAAUCAAAGUGGAAAAAUACAAUGCAACACUCCAGAGCACCAGCUCAGCUAAAAAGGUCUCAAGGCAUAACAAUUUCAGUCAAAUGGUCUCUUUCUGCAAGAGUGCCCUAAGUGCCAGUGAUGCUACAAAAAUGGAUUAAUAGCAACAUCAAUAUGAUUCCUAGGGAUACCUUUACGUGUAACUGCUCGCGUUCAGAGAGCAACCUGCUCCCGAUGCACGCCCAGUCGUGCCAGGUAGGGUGAUGUGGGACCUCACCUUGUCUCCACAAGGUGCCUGGUGAAGGCAGAGCCUUCUCUUCAGGCAGGGCUGCGAGCUGGGGCUUCCCCCGCGAGCGGCGGGUCCCGGGGCCGCUCAGCACCGCGGACAGCGGCGGCCGCACCGCGGGGCUCCGCGGGCUGGGGAUGGAGAACCCGCCGCGGGGCUCCGGGAACGGGCUGCUGCACCCGCAGGGAGCCGCUCCCCGCCCUUGCAGAGCAGUUCUGGAGUCUUUCCGGCCCCGACACUGGCAUAGGAAGGAGUUUGAUUGAAAAGAUCUGAACGUCUCACAGAAUGCAUCUGGGAUUGCAAGGCAGAUCCUGAUAAAACCAAAAUGAGAGGUCAGGGAUGAGGUGUCAUGUCAUGAAUUCCUUUAAUCAGGAAAGAGAAUUCAGGAAAGGCAAAAUUGUUCCAACUGAAAGACUUGGUUGCUGCAACUCCCUUUUGGUACCACAGCGCACAUCUUCACCCGGCAGGUUUGCCUGCUCGCUUCAGCCCUACAACUCUAACCACAGAGUGAUCUUCUUCCUGCAGCUUUGUAUGCUGAGCAUGAUGCCACAUGGUAGGAAAUAUCCCUGUGGACAGCUGGGGUCAGCCUUCCCAGCUGUCCCCCUGCCAACUCACUGGUGGGGUGGGGUGAGGAGCAGAAAAGUACUUGACUCUGUGCAAGCACCACUCAGCAGUAACAAAAACAUCCCUGAAUUACAAACACUGUUUUCAUCACACAUCGAAAACACAGUCCCAAAGCAACUACUAUGAAGAAAAUUUAGUCUACCAUAGUCAAAACCAGCACACCAUGUUUCCUAGCCUCUAUAAUCCAAAUGUACGUUAAACACAAUUUUGCCUUGUCACAGUUAACUGGAGCAAGAUCAUUUCCUUGACAUCACUUAAAAGAUAUUUCUAAGAUCUGUAGGUGAUCAGGGUCCUUAUUUAAAAGCAUUAAAUGCUUUUUCCAGAACUAUGGUUUCAUGUCUGGGAAACUUCUAUGAGAAAGUACAACUUUACAACAAAUUCAGUGGGGCCAGAAUGUGCAGACUUUGGUUGGUCAUCAGGGAGUUCCAUUUCUACCACUUUGUUCAUUUGCUUUCCCUUUCUGCUCUGCUCCCACUCUCAUUUAGUUUAUGCUGUAAGAUUUGCAGGUAGAAAUUCUCCCCUGCUACGCAUUUGCAUAAUUAGACCAGUCAAUAAGAACUUCUUUUAUAUGAAUAACAAUAAUAAAUACCUUUUCAAUCCUUAAGAAUAUAGUAAACAGUGAAAGGUCUAAAGCCACCUGUUUAAACCCUUUAAAGAACAGUAAUGCUAGUUUAUAUUAAACUCAAGAUAAAUGAUAAUUUUCUACCUGAUAAUUUGUUUUCACAGUUUAGAGGGCAGAUACACCCCUUUCUAGAUGCAUGUGGGUACAUUAGCACUGUAAAAUACUCCUACUAAUAUCUGUGGGACUAUUUAAUGAAAAAAAAUUCCAGAGUUCACCUGUUUGAGAGAUUCCAAGAAAUUUAAUACCUGGCUGUAUAUAAAAACAUGUAUGCUUCUGCUAAAACAAUCCUCGAAACCGCCUGCACUCCAUAGCUAAUUGGUGUGGAUAUGCAGAUAACACAGAAAAAAAUUCAGUGGCAAAGAAGGUUUUGCAAUAUCUGUGCUGGCUAAAGCAAUGAGUAUCCCAACAGCAGAGCAAAUCCAGGAACCAAAUUUCAGUUUAAAUCUGAAUAUUUUUGUCUUGUUACUCUGAACUUUAUCACAUAAGAUUUAAAAGAAGAGACUAAUGUAAACAUCCAGAUCAGGGAUUUUUUUACGUUUUCAUAAAGAACUAUUAUGUAUUUCAUUGCAAGUUCUUGAUGUGUAAAAAUCAAGAGAUCACAAGUACCAGAAAAAGAAGAAAAACCAAUUCAACUUAUGUAAAAUAAACAUGUCUGCAUCAGAAUAACAGGA